CACGUCAUCAUUUGCUUCCGAAAACAUUUGCAGUGUAGCAGCAACAGCAGUUAAAGUCUACAAAGUGUUUCACAGAUUUUUUUUAAUUUUCAUAAAGUACAUACGAGCUGAAGUAAUACGCAGAUGCAAUCAUGGACGUCACAAACGGAAUUUAUUUUGAGCUAAUUUAUGAGCUUUCUUAGUUAGGAAAAAAUUAUUAGCAUCGUCGGGUUUUCGUGCGGUUUUACCUCAAACUGGUCCGACUCAAUCGUUUAUGGGGUUUGGUUUGACCCGGUAACCUCAUCGACAUGUCCUGGAGGAGAAUUUAACUUUUAAACGACUUUUAAAUUAUGGAGCCAUGUUUGAGGUUUGUGUGUCGAGAGAGUGUCAGGACAGUGUCGGCGAAGUGCUGGACGUGGAGAUCGGUGAGGUGCUGGAGAUCACCUUUCAGACGUCCUCUUACGUCAACAUGUCUCCGGUCACAUCAUAGCACUCUUCUGCUGAGAGCUCAGACACAAUCCGUCUCAUGUCGCCAAAGAGUUACAGAUGCAUCCCAGGCAGCCCUAUCUAGCGUUGCACCUGUAUUUGUUGUGAUGAAGUUCGAGCCAGAUGGAAAUGUGACCUCAUUUGAAAAGAAGAAGACAGAGUUGUAUCAAGACCUUGGUUUGCAGGCGAGAGAUCUGAGAUUCCAGCACUUAACAAGUAUUACAGCACGAAACAAUGCCAUCAUCAUACGUAUGGAGUCUCUCAAGGCAGUGGUUAUCCCGGAGUGUUUACUGGUGCUGGAUUUCCGUGGGUCGGGUCUGGAGAAGUGGAUGGUGUUGGAACUUGGACCGCAGUUGGCAGGAGAUGGAAAUUUGGCCACCUACUUACUUCCCUUUGAAUUCAGGGCUUUGGAAGCCAUUCUGCAACACAGAGUAAAUGUACUGCAGGCCCAUCUGCAUGAGGUUCAGCCUCAGAUUCUGGAUUGUCUGGAAUCAUUGGUGGACCCUAAGCUGCUUUCUGCUGACCGCAGCAAACUGCACAUGCUCCUGCUUAACAGGAAAAGCCUGUCAGAGCUGGAGACGGACAUUAAGGUGUUCAAGGACAGUCUUCUCAAAAUCUUGGAUGAGGAUGAGUUAAUAGAUGAACUCUGUCUUACCAAGUGGACCGACCCUCGAGUGUUUGAGGAGAGUAGUCUGGGUAUAGAUCAUGCUGAAGAGAUGGAGUUGCUGCUGGAGAAUUACUAUAUGCAGGCUGAGGAGCUCGGCAACAAAGCACGAGAGCUGAAGGACCUCAUCGAUGACUCUGAAAGUGUCAUCUUCAUUAACCUGGAUAGCCACCGCAAUGUCAUGAUGCGACUGAAUCUCCAGCUCACCAUGGGAACUUUCUCUCUCUCCUUAUUUGGCCUGAUGGGUGUGGCCUUUGGCAUGAAUCUGGAGUCUUCAUUUGAAGAGGACCCCCGUGUGUUUUGGUUGGUGACUGGGUUCAUGUUCCUGGGCAGUGGACUUAUCUGGAGAAGACUUCUCUCUUUCCUUGGCAGACAUUUAGAACCCAGGUCUCCCCCUCCAAUCCCCCCUGUUUGGAGGAAAAACCAAAUUAGCACAUUAAAAGCGACUGAUAUUAAACCAGGAAUAAGAUGAUACUGUUACUGCUGCUUUUUCUAUAUAGUUUUAUUUCUCUCUCCUUUUCUCUCUCACUUUGUGUACGGCAUUUCUUAAUAUUUUUGGCACCCAACAUUAUCUGUAUGUAGCCAGAUUAUAUUUUGCUAUGUUAAAUUUGUCCUAAGGUGCGUUCUGUGGUCAUUUGUGUAUUUAUUGUGAAUAAUGUGAUAUAAUAAAGUACAUCACGUUUACAUUUUA